CCGCACAAGAAAGCAGCAUUUCCUACACCUUUCGAUUCUUGGUUUCGCAACCUCAGGCUAGUUGUUUUUUAUCAACAUUACCAAGGAUGCGUCUGUUCAACAACAUCAUCGUCCAGCUGUCGCUGCUAGCUCUCCUUCUGGUCUGUGCACAGCCAGCCUUGACACAUUACACGCAAGCAACCAAAGACGCAACCAUCGUGCGCUCGACCGCGUCCUGCCCAGACUGCCCCAACAGCAACUGCAACGAAUGUGCCCAGGGUCUUCGCAAGACGCUAGUAGCCAACACUGGUGGACUUGCAUACAUCCGCAUGAUUAUCGGGUUCACGCUGCCGGUUGAGAAAUCGCAGGUUCGCGCAUGCCACCUCUCGCUUCCUGGCUUCGUCAUUCCUUUGAAGUCCAAUGUCACUGUGAAUUUCUGGCAGGCAGUGUCGUCAGACUGGGAUGAGGCUACUAUCACUGGCAACAAUGCCCCUGAUGCAGGUGCUCAGAUUGCCUCGGUUACUGUGCCGGCAAACACCAACAUGACUGCAGUCGAUAUCACCCCGGCUUGCCUGAAUGCAGAUGAGGAGGGUAACUUCUCUGUCUAUGUUGGCACGCAGUUUGACCGUAUCGAGCUAUGGUCAAAGGAGUCGGGCAACCCAGCCAUCCUCCAUAUAGUAGAUGCUGACUAAAACUGGGGUCG